AAGACUUCCACCGUCAAUCACAGUGACAAACAACCUGAUCCAGGUAGAGCUGCACACGUCAACGUGUCUCUAAUUAUGUUCUCUCAAAAUAUGUGGAUUUAAUUUAAUCAGAUAUUGGAAGAUUGAAUUGCAUUUGGUCAUUUUUGUAAGAAACAACUUCAUUUGAGUCCGUAAUUUAGUGUCUUCGUUGUCAGGUAAAGUAAUUUUUUAUUAUAAGGACUAGACUUAGUUCGGAAAGCCAAAGUCCAACUUCCAAUGUAUUAUCUCUACUUGAUAGUCAACGAUGGAUGGCGUACUGCAAAUUGUGACAUACGAACAGCUCAAAGCUAUGUUGGCCAAUCACAGCGUACAGCUAUUUGAUGUCCGGAAUCCAGAUGAAUUCCAGGCUGGCCGAAUUCCUGAUUCCACCAACAUUCCAUUGGGACAGCUUGAGGAGUCCCUGAAGCUACCACCACAGCAGUUUGAAGUGCAGUUUAAGGUGAAGGCCCCGAAAAAGGAAGAUGAUAACAUAGUUUUCCACUGCCGGAGUGGGAAAAGGAGUUUGUCUGCUCUUGAAAUUGCUCAUCGUCUUGGAUUCAUUAAGGCACGGCAUUAUGCAGGUGGAUACAUUGAUUGGGAAGCGCAUGAGAAGUAACAGUAUCGAGCAGUUCAACUCUACUCUAAUUUUAGAUUUGAUAUCAUAUCAACUUCAUAUCACUCUAUUAUCAAUAUUAAUCUGAUAUUAUAAUAUGGACUAAAUGAAAGAUGUAAAGAAUUGGAAUGACUCUGUGUAUUAAAAUCAUUAUUAAUGUAAUUUUAUAAUGACUCAUAAAUUAUUAUAACCAAUAAAGCAUUGUUAAAUAAACUGCAGUA